AUGGAUCUCCAAGAGACCCGCAGCCCCAAUUCAGGACAAUGGGUUCCACUGAUCAACCAUCAGACGCAUGCCACUAUUCACGCCUCAGGGCGAUCUUCAAGAUGCGGGGAAUUCAAGAAGGUGCAUGAGGCCGCAUUGAACGGACAUCUACAGAUGCCCGAAAAGGAGAACGCAUACCAACCCGACAAGUCUCCGUCUGGACUAUAA